AUGAGAUAUCUUUUAUUUGCUUCAAUUUGUGCUCUAGCCUUUUCAGGACCUAUUCUGUUUCAAGAUUCAGACCUUGUUGCCCCACAAGAAAUGAUUGACGAAAUUAAUAGAAGUCAAGACUCAUGGACUGCUUCUUCUGACUGGGUUGGCAAUAUGACAGUUGCUGAAGCCAAGCAGAGAGCAGCUCAAAGGCCAGGGUCUCAAAAAUUUUUAAAAAAAAAUCGAGGUGCACUAUUAGAUAGCAUCUCAAUUCCAGCAUCUUUUGAUGCAAGGCAACAAUGGCCAAAUUGCAUUCAUCCAAUUCAAAAUGAUGACAAUUGUCAUGCUGGCUGGGCGUUUGCAGCUGCUGAUACUCUUUCAGACAGAUUUUGCAUUGCUUCAAACGGUACCGUAAAUGUUGUGCUAUCGGCAGCAGAAAUUGUACUUUGCCUAUUAGAAAAGCCUUCAUGCACUUUAGGAACAACUGAUUUAGCUUGGAAUUUUAUAAAAGAUAUGGAACAAUGUCAGAAAGAUGCAUGCCACAAAGCUUGAUAG